AUUGAACAUUCUAAUACACAACCUCAAAUGUUUCCUUAAUUCCUAGGCCUAAACUAGACAGCUUAUCCAAACAUUUCCUCCUGCUGACUCCUUCUGUCCCCCACAACAUCCUGGGUUACUAGAUUUUAGAUAGGAACUUCUAAUACACAUAAUCCACAUUGAGAGCAGAGUUUCAUUAGCACAAACUCCCCUAUCAUAAUUGUAAUCUACAGUAAAUGAAUGCAAUUAGACACAACAGGGUCUCCCCUGAGCCCUCCCCUCCUCUGCACACAGACAGCAGCCAUAAGCUGACACCAGGCUCUUGUAUAAAGCUAGCACACUACAUUCACUGCAAUAGCAGCAGGUCAACAGGGUUGCACUUUCCAGGAUCAUGUCAGUGCUUCUCCUUCAGCUGUUAGUGCUCUCAUGUCUUGGAUCCACAGAGCCACAGGGAAAUUCACAACAAAGGAAAAGCAGAAAGCCAUUUCAGCACUUUUUGUAUCCAGACAAAAAUCUUAAAAGUCAGAGUUUUCGUGAGCUGGUAAGUGAGAACCCAGUAGCUGUUGAGGACAAGCUGGAAGUACCAAGCUUUUUUGUAGCAAUUCCACAGACAGCAUCUGAAAGUGAGAAGAAAGAGGAGAAAAAAAUGUCAAGAUUCAUCCUUCCCAAUGCAGAACUUUACGCAGACCAAGGCCUGAGAACCUGGGCAGCACCCAGAGAGAUCUCUCCUGUGGAGAACUUCUCUCCACCCCAUUAUUCCAGCAAGAGGGAGUCUGAGUCUCCCUACAGAAAAGAUGCCAAGAAAUUUUGGGACCACUUCAUCUUAAAGAAAAAUUCAGCAUCUGAAGAGGUUGUCCUGCCAAUCAAGACCAAUGAAAUGCAUCAAGAAAACUGCAGAACCCUGCCUUUUGCCCAGGGUGUUACUCAUAACAGCUGUGAGAAGGUGACAGUACAGAAUAAUCUGUGUUUUGGAAAAUGUAGUUCCUUUCAUGUUCCUGGUCCAGAAGAUCAUCUUUAUACCUUUUGUUCUCAUUGCUUGCCCAGUAAGUUCUCCAUGAAGCGCCUGAAUCUCAACUGCACUGGUUCUGUCCCAGUGGUUAAAGAAAUCAUGAUUGUAGAAGAGUGUAAAUGUAAGACUCGGAAGAUUAAAGAUGCUGCAACUGGAUCUGAACUGUCAAACUUACAUGCAAAUGUACAUGAGCACAAUUAACCAGUGCAAAGUACCUCUUAACACAACCAUAAGAAUUCACCAGUGAAAAAACCCAAACAAGUAAAGCUGUCAUCACUCUAGUACAUAAAAAUAUUAAAAAUAUAGAUUUUCUACAUGAACUUCUUCUCUGUUCCAACAAUAAUACCUAAAA